GCUGUAGGAGCGGCGCACCUUUCGCGCCCAUUCUGCGUCCUCCGGGGUCGCUGGCGGCUUUUCUGCGGGGUUUGAGGUCGGCGGGGAGGAAGGCAAGAUCGGGGACGGCAUCGAGGCCUGUUUCUUCUUCUUAGCCGAAGAGAUGGCGGAGGCCCUGCGGUCUGGGACCAAGUCAGGAGUGGACACCUCUUUUUUCUGCCCUAGUCUGUUGCUCGUUCGCCGUGGUGUGUUCUCCUUGUCCUGCUCCGCGGAGAUUAUGAUAAAAUGUUCAAACUGAGCGAGAAGAUCCUGCUGUUGUGCGUGGGAGAAGCAGGAGACACGGUGCAGUUUGCUGAGUACAUCCAGAAGAAUGUCCAGCUCUACAAAAUGAGGAACGGUUACGAACUGAGUCCAUCUGCAGCAGCAAACUUCACACGGAAGAACUUGGCAGACUACCUACGGAGCAGGACGCCAUACCAUGUGAAUCUGCUGCUGGCAGGCUACGAUGACGCAGACGGACCCGGCCUCUUCUACAUGGACUACCUGUCCUCUCUGGCCAAGGCGCCCUUCGCUGCCCACGGCUAUGGAGCCUUCCUCACUCUGUCCAUCCUGGACCGGGAUUACAAACCAGAUUUGACCCGUGAAGAGGCCAUGAACAUUCUGAGAAAGUGCGUUGAGGAGCUGAACAAACGCUUCAUCCUGAACCUGCACUCCUUUAACGUCCGUUUGAUUGACAAGGACGGCAUCCAUGACAUGGAGAAGCUCACCGUGGGCGCCAAGUGACGGCGCUGCGACCACCACCCUCACAUCAGUCUGUUUCUCUUGUCCUUUUUUUGUACCACUGAUCCCCCAUCCCUCAAUAAAAAGUGACACAGAUUUCCA